AUCGAGCCAUGGUGUUGGAGAUGCCGCGGCCUGCGAGGGUCGCAAUUUGUCUGGCGCAGCGACGUCUAAGGCCGGGCUCCUCUCAGCUACCUACCACCUUACCCAUCGUGUCCCCUUUUAUUUCCUUUUCCUCUCAACAUCCCACAGGCUCCUGCCUCUCCUCCUCUUGGCCCAGGCUGGAAUGCGGGCGGGGAUCCAGAGCCGGAACGAUGAGUGCGCAACGCGACACGGCAGUCCAGGGAAGGCGGGGUCGUGGUGGCAGCCGAGGCUCUGGCCCGGAAAGGUCACAAGGCCGCCCGCUCACUUUCCUUGAACACUUUCCUUGAAUCUCAUUGUGGGCUGCGACUCUGCUGAGCUGCUCUACCCAAUGGACAUUGCGCCUCCUCGUGGCCUGGUGGAGAUGGCCUGGGAGAAUUGCCCUCGCCGGCGCCAUGUGAUGUCCCGCCAGCCCUCGGCUUCUGGCUCCCCCACCGCCGACUGACGGCAGCAGGACAGGGCCCUAACCGGGCCGACCCUCUUGGCGAGAAUGCGGAGGCUGCAUCUCCUUCCGCAGUAUUACCGACUCUGCCUCCAUCCCUGACCUCUGCAUAGGUAGGUAGGUGGUAGGUGGUAGGUGGUAGGUGCCUGACGUCGGUGUAUAUAACCCUCGCCUGCCCAUUUGGGUCACCUACUGAGAGCAGCCAGAAGGGCGUGACAUCGGCGGCACUUGUCAAGUUAGCACCAGCUUCAGGGGCGACGUCCGUGGGAAGCACUUGGCGAAAGACCAACCAAGCUCACGGUAGUACCCCAUUCAAUAGCUGUUUUUGCUCUCUUCAGAUAUGGUUUAUUUCGGACGCAUCCUCGCCGCGGCCGCGCUGGUCGGCGGGGGGUCGGCAGUCCUCACGUGGGACGAGGCCUACGCCAAAGCCAACGCGGCGCUGUCGCGCCUGUCGCAGCAAGACAAGAUCGGCAUAGUGACAGGGAUCGGUUGGGACAAGGGCCCCUGCGUCGGCAACACGUCCCCCGUGUCCUCCAUCAACUACCCGCAGCUGUGCCUCCAGGACGGCCCCACGGGCAUCCGCUUCGCCACGAGCGUCACGGCCUUCACGCCGGGCAUCCAGGCGGCGUCGACGUGGGACGUCGAUCUCAUGCGCCAGCGGGGGCGGUUCCAGGCCGAGGAGGCUCGGGGCGUCGGCGUCCACGUGCUGCUGGCGCCCGUCGCCGGCGCGCUGGGCAAGAUCGCGCAGGGUGGGCGCAACUGGGAGGGCUUCGGGCCGGACCCGUACCUGGCGGGCAUCGGGAUGCAGAUGACGGUCGAGGCCAUGCAGGAGGUGGGCGUGCAGGCGACGGCCAAGCACUACCUGGUCAACGAGCAGGAGCUCAACCGCGAGACUAUGAGCUCCAACGUUGACGACCGCACGCUCCACGAGCUGUACCUCUGGCCCUUUGCCGACGCCGUCAAGGCCAAUGUGGCCGCCGUCAUGUGCUCGUACAACAAGAUCAACGGCACGUGGGCCUGCGAGAGCCAGAGCGCCAUGCAGCGACUGCUCAAGGACCAGCUCGGGUUCCGGGGAUAUAUUAUGUCGGACUGGAACGCGCAGCACACGACGCUGGGCAGCGCCAACGGCGGCAUGGACAUGGCAAUGCCCGGCACCGACUUCAACGGACGCAACGUCCUCUGGGGCCCGCAGCUCAACACGGCCGUCAACAACAACCAGGUGCCGCGGGCCCGGCUCGACGACAUGGUCAAGCGCAUCCUGGCGUCCUGGUACCUCGUCGGGCAGGACCAGGGCUACCCCCGCACCAACCUCGGCGCCAACGUGCAGGGCAGCCACAAGGACAACGUCCGGGCCGUGGCGCGCGACGGCAUCGUGCUACUCCGCAACGAGGGCAACAUGCUCCCGCUCAAGGCGCCGCGCCGCAUCGCCAUCGUGGGCUCGGCAGCGGUUAACAACCCGCGCGGCAUCAACGCCUGCGUCGACCGCGGCUGCAACGACGGCGCCCUGGGCAUGGGCUGGGGCUCGGGCACCACGAACUACCCUUACCUCGUGGCGCCCGCCGACGCGCUGCAGGCGCGGGCGCGCCAAGACGGCUCGGCGGUGACGAUGAGCGCGAGCGACAGCACUUCCAACGUGGCCAACACUGUCCGCGACGCCGACGUGGCCCUCGUCUUUAUUACUAGUAAUUCGGGAGAGGGCUACAUCAAGGUGGGCGACCACGCCGGCGACCGCGCCAACCUGGACCCGUGGAACAACGGCAACCAGCUCGUGCAGGCGGCGGCGCAGGCAAACAAGAACGUGGUCGUGGUGGUGCACUCGGUCGGCCCCAUUAUCCUCGAGACCAUCCUCAACACGCCCGGUGUCAGGGCCGUCGUCUGGGCUGGGCUCCCGGGCCAGGAGAGCGGCAACGCACUCGUCGACGUCCUGUACGGGCUCGUCAGCCCCAACGGUAAGCUGCCCUACACUAUUGCGAAAUCGCCGGGCGACUACGGCACCGCAGUUGUCCGGGGCGACGACAACUUCAGCGAGGGCGUCUUUAUCGACUACCGCCGCUUUGACCGCCAAAACAUUGCUCCUCGCUUCGAGUUUGGCUUUGGCCUCUCCUACACAAACUUCACCUAUAGCGACAUCACGGUCACGUCCAACGCGCGCGCCGGGGCCGCCACGGGCGCCGUCGAGCCCGGCGGCAGGGCGGACCUGUGGCAGACGGUGGCGACGGUGACGGCGCGGGUGACCAACUCGGGCGGCGUCGAGGGCGCCGAGGUGGCGCAGCUGUACGUGUCGUACCCGACGGCGGCGGGCGUGCCGCCACAGCCGCCGAGGCAGCUGCGCGGCUUCGCCAAGCUCAAGCUCGCCCCGGGCGCCAGCGGCACCGCCACCUUUAGGAUCCGGAGGCGCGAUCUCAGCUACUGGGACACGGCCCAGCAGAACUGGAUCCUGCCUUCUGGUACCUUUGGCGUCGAGAUCGGGGCCAGCAGCAGGGACCUCAGGCUUAAGAGCAGCAUUACGUCGGGUUAGACUGAGGGAUUGGGGUUGUUUGUCCUUGCCUCCUUGACUUUCUAGUCUCUUUUUUGGAGAUUACUCUGGGCAGGUCGCUGCAGACGGCCAUCAUUCAUUUCCUGGGUACUCUCGCGAAUAGCCACAAAGGGUAGCUCUCUUGCCGAGCUCGUUGCGAAUGCUUGAUAGUGAUAAAAGUCGGAAAUUAGCACCAUAACAGAAAGCCCUCCCUGUCUGCCCCG